GGGACGGCUGCGCCAUGACGGCUGAGAGCCGGCCGCCGCCGCCGCCGCAGACGGAGGCGCUGGCGGCCGUGAAGGAGGAGCGCGGUGAGGCUGGGCCCGGGGUCCCGGCGGAGGCCGCGGGUCGCGGCGCUGGCGGCCGUCGGCGGAAGCGCCCCCUGCAGCGCGGAAAGCCACCCUACAGCUACAUUGCGCUCAUUGCCAUGGCCAUCGCGCACGCGCCGGAGCGCCGCCUCACGCUGGGCGGCAUCUACAAGUUCAUUACGGAGCGUUUCCCCUUCUACCGCGACAACCCCAAAAAGUGGCAGAACAGCAUACGCCACAAUCUGACGCUAAACGACUGCUUCCUCAAGAUCCCGCGCGAGGCCGGCCGCCCAGGCAAGGGCAACUACUGGGCGCUCGACCCCAACGCCGAGGACAUGUUCGAGAGCGGCAGCUUCUUGCGCCGCCGCAAGCGCUUCAAGCGCUCGGACCUCUCCACUUACCCAGCCUACAUGCACGACGCGGCCGCCGCCGCCGCCGCUGCCGCCGCCGCCGCCGCCGCCGCCAUCUUCCCGGGCGCGGUGCCCGCUGCCCGCCCGCCUUACCCGGGCGCCGUCUACGCAGGCUAUGCCCCGCCGUCGCUCGCUGCGCCGCCCCCGGUCUACUACCCCGCUGCGUCGCCAGGACCGUGCCGGGUCUUCGGCCUGGUGCCUGAGAGGCCACUCAGUCCUGAACUGGGCCCAGCGCCGUCGGGGCCCGCGGGUUCCUGCGCCUUUGCCUCGGGCGCCGCUUCCGCCGCCUCCACCGGCUACCAGCCUGCCGGCUGCGCUGGGGCCCGACCUGCCAACCCCUCCGCCUAUGCGGCCGCCUACGCGGGCCCGGAUGGCGCGUACCCGCAAGGGGCGGGCAGUGCCCUCUUUGCGGCGGCUGGCCGGUUGGCGGGGCCCGCCUCGCCCUCCGCGGGUGGCAGCAGUGGGGGCGUCGAAGCCGCAGUGGACUUCUAUGGGCGCACAUCGCCCGGCCAGUUCGGAGCUCUGGGGCCCUGCUAUAAUCCUGGUGGGCAGCUCGGAGGGGGCAGUGGAGGCACCUACCAUGCUCGCCACGCGACUGCCUAUCCUGGCGGUGUGGAUCGAUAUGUGUCCGCCAUGUGAACCCAGCAUACAGUCGAAAAUUCCUAGAUACCUCGGCUGUCCACACGAACUGAGUUUCCCCGAGACCUGAGAACAUAACUGGAGAGAGGAUUGAGAGCCACGUGGAAGGGACCGGUGCACCACAUACACACCCGGUUCGCUUUGGAAGCGGGAGGAGGUGGGGAGGGGCUGCGGCGGCCCACGGACUGGGACAAAGGACCCUCAAGGCGAAGCUCCAAAGGACAUGCCUUUCUGACAUUCCAUGGGGAGGGUCCUUGGAGAUAAUGGGGGCGCAGCGUA